AGCGGGGCCUGGCGGCGGCUGCUGGCUGUGGCCGCUGUGACGCGGGCUGCAAAACCAUUUGAAAAUGGCCGCCGCGCCGAGCGGGGGAGACAGGCUCGAAGAGAAAUCAGAAGAGAAUGAACAGAGCGGGCAGAAGGAGAAACUACUGAGGCUUAAAAAAUACAAGAAGAAGGAGGAGCGAGAUGAAGGCAAACACCGAGACACUCAGCCCGCAGCGGCAGACACUCAGCCCGCCCCGCCGGAGCCCGCCGACGGCAACAAAGCCGAGACAGCGGAGCACGAGGGAGCUAUGGCCGACACACCCUCCACUCCCAAACCUCGCCGCUCGCUCAUCAGGGACCGGGGGCCGCUGUACGAAGACCCCACCCUGCCCCAGGGCUGGGCACGCAAACUCAAACAGAGGAAGUCAGGCCGUUCGGCCGGCAAAUAUGACGUUUACAUUAUCAACCCACAAGGAAAAGCGUUCCGUUCUAAAGUGGAGCUCAUCGCGCACUUUGAGAAGGUGGGCGACACCACCUUGGACCCCAACGACUUUGACUUCACCGUAACCGGGCGGGGGAGCCCCUCGCGGAGAGAGAAGAAGCCCCCCAAAAAGACCAAGGCCCCCAAGUCGCCUGGCACGGGCAGGGGGAGGGGGCGUCCCAAGGGCAGCGGCAAGGACAAGGCCACUCAGAAAGGGGGCUCGAGCCGGCGACUGUCCGACAAGAGCGCGGCCAAACUGCUGGUCAAAAUGCCCUUCACCGCUCCCCUGCUCCCCGGGCCGGGCGAGGUGGCAGCGUCCUCAGGACAGCAGCACCCCAAAGUCCAGCGUAAAGGGGGUCCCGGCAGGAAGAGGAAAUCGGAGGCCGAGCCGAGGGCGGUGCCCAAGAAGAGGGGGAGGAAGCCGGGGGGAGGUGGGGGGAGCGGGGGCGGGGGAGGACCAGCUCCGGCCGUGAAGAAAAAGGCGGCCAAGGAGUCCUCUUCGUGUUCCUCGUCGUCGCUGGCCAAACCGGAGGAGGUGGCGGUGCUGCCGAUCAAGAAGAGGAACCUGGGGGAGGAGAGCUCACCGCUGAAGAAGAGGAAAAGCACACGCAUGUUCGAGGGGGAUAGCAGCGGGAGCGUGCCCGCUCUGGGGGUCUCGGAGACCAAGGAGAACCCCCCCUCUCAACAGCCACCUCCGCCGCCUCCACCACCACCGCCGCCGCCGCCGCAGCAGCAGCAGCAACAACAACAACAACAGCAGCCACAGGCAGAGACAGCGACGGGAGCCGGGGCGGGAGACAAGAGCGGGAAAGGACUGAAAGGCGGGAAGAGCGUCGUGGCUCCCCCCAAGGGGAGAGAGGCCAGCCCGAAGGGAAGGGCGGCCAAGAAGGAGUCGCACCAACUGCAGCCCCAACCGCAGCCCCAACCCCAACCACAGCCCCAACCACAGCCCCAACCACAGCCCACCGUUCAGGAGGCCGAGAGCUCGAGAGACAGGAGCAGCCCCUCGGAACCCAAAGACUUGAGCACCAGAGGGUGUGCGGGGGAGGAGCGAGCGCCCCGGAGCAGGCCCGAGGCCCUCCCGCCGGGAGCCAGGGAGGCUCCAAAGACUGCCGAGGCCCCGGAGAGGGGCAAACUGCGCGGCGAGGGCGACCCGCGAGGCCUGAUCUCCUCCGUGUCCAGGCCGGCCCGCGAGGAGGCGGGCGACACCAGGGCCGCCGUGUCGGAGAGGGUGAGCUGACUUUGAUUCUAGGAAGAGGAGAAAAAGGAAAAGGAAAAAAAAAAGAAAGAAAGAAAGGAAGGAAGGAAGGAAAGGACGGUGGGAUGGACGGGUGGACGUAACAAGGCAGCUGUUGUCUGUUGUCUCCUUGUGAGUAGGGCGCUAACUAACCUAGGCUUUUUCAGUCAGAGCAGCAAAGCCGAGCCGGGCGAAGCCAGGCCGAGCCAGACUGAUAUUUCCAAGCUCACGAUCGCGGGGCGAAGGGUUUUUAAUUUCUAAUUUCUUCCUCCCGAGUGUUUUUCCUUUUUUUU